AGUGGAAAUUGAUGUUUGCUAAUGGAUGCAAACCCUUUGUCAGCUACAUCAGCGGCUAGGAAUGGGCAGAGCUCCCUGAGGCUGCUACCUUGACCGAGCACAGGACUUUAUGGACAGUUAAAGCGUCUCUGAGCAGUCAGCGUGUGGUCUGUAGCUGCAGGCACAAGGAGUCCUGUGGCAGCUUAGAGACUCACAGAUUUAUGAAGGCAUCAGCUUCUGUGGGUAAAACCCACAAGCGCAUCUGACAAAGUGGUUUUACCCGUGAAAGCAGGUGCCCAGAUAAAGCUGUUCGUCCGUAGGGCGCCACAGGGCUCCUGCUUUAGCUUUGAAAAUUACGGUUUAGUUUAAUUUUUUUUCACUUUGUAACGUGUAUCAUGGUAGUACCAAGGGGCCAGCCGAGAACAGGGCCGGACUGUGCUGGGGGCUGUACAGACCGAGCAAGAGAGGCGUCCAGGUCCUUCAAUGCUUGUUUCUUUAUUUCUCUUUCCAGAGGAAUUUCACUUUAAGUCGUGGAUGCUGCAGCACAACAGGAAGUACAGUCUGGAGGAGUAUUACCAACGGCUGCAGAUCUUUGUCACCAACAAGAGGCGAAUCGACAGACACAAUGCUGGGAAUCACACGUUUGAAAUGGGUCUAAACCAAUUUUCAGACAUGACAUUCCCCGAAUUCAGAAAGAAAUUCCUCUGGAGUGAGCCUCAGAACUGCUCGGCCACCAAAGGGAAUUUCCUGGCCAGCUCCGGGCCGUGCCCCUCCUCCAUUGACUGGAGGAAGAAAGGAAACUACGUGACCCCGGUGAAGAACCAGGCAGAGCAGCAGUUGGUGGACUGUGCGCAGGACUUCAAUAACCACGGGUGCAGCGGGGCUCUGCCUUCCCGCCCGGGCCAAUACAUCCUGUAUAACCACGGGCUCCAGGGCGAGGAGACGUACCCGUACCAGGCUCAGAACGGCACCUGCAAGUUCCAGCGCGACAAGGCCAUCGCUUUCGUCAAGGACGUCAUCAACAUCACCCAGUACGACGAGGCGGGCCUGGUGGAGGCGGUGGGGAAGCAUAAUCCCGUGAGCUUCGCGUUCGAGGUGACGGACGACUUCCUGAGCUACCGGAAGGGCGUGUACUCCAACCCAAAGUGCGACCACACUCCGGACAAAGUGAACCACGCGGUUCUGGCUGUGGGCUACGGAGAAGAAAACGGAACUCCCUACUGGAUCGUCAAGAACUCCUGGGGCCCCUCGUGGGGCGUGGAUGGCUACUUCUACAUUGAGCGUGGCAAGAACAUGUGUGGCCUCGCUGCGUGCGCCUCGUACCCCGUUCCGCUGGUCUGAGGCGGGGCCCGCGGCGGGGCGGGGCGGCUGACGAAAGGAACCCGUCUGCCGUGGAAGGGUCUCCCAAUGCCAAAGCUCAGUACGCUGGGGAGAGGAGAGAUGCCAAAGGCCCACUGAGGUCCUGACCCUGCAGCGGGCGCCACGCGGGCACUCGCUCCGGCCUUGGUACGGCGCUCGCCGCAGGGGACAGGCCCGUCAUCCCCUCACAAUCCACGUGGACUGCUCUCCCGUAAAUGCUCCAGCAUUGUCUUUUCCCAGGGCAGGCUGAGUGCCAGAAACCCACCUCUUCUAAUCCCAGCUCAGACAGCAAUUUGCCAUGUGCUCUCGGAAAAGUCCCCGAGCCUCGCUUUCCCCCCUUGUACAAUGGGGGUAAUACCAGUUAGCCUACCUCUCGGGGGUGGUGAUGGCUGGUUAUCUACUGUGAAGUGCGUGCGGAUGUUUGUCAGCCUAGUUCUAAAUUACGCCAACAACAAGACCCCCCCUUUCCUAGGGGGUCUGUCCUGCAAGCCAGCAGAUCUGCCCUCUAGGAAAUCAGCGUGCUUUCGCCAAAUGAUCUAUUUUACUAAGCGCUAACAUGCCGUGCUGAGAGGCAUGUCUAUUUUCAGUACUCGGAGACUUGGUUAUUUUUGCAAAUCUAAAGAGACUAUUUUAAUGACUAUUACAAGGAAUCGGUGAUUUUUUUUCUAUCUAGUUAAGGAAAAAGCAGAAACCUUUAAUGUCGGGUAUUUCCAUAUGUUCUGUUUGAAGAGCACUCGUCACACAUGCAGAGGGCGUUUCAGCUGUGUCAUUUCAUGUUACGCCACUACCAAGACGUUACUGUGCCUUAGGAAAGGAAUAAAAACAGCCUGUCACUUGUGUGGUA